CUAUAGACUUGUCCCUCCCUCACUCACUCAUUCACUCACUCACUCUCUCUCUCUCCUCCCUGACACACACGCAUCAGAUAGAGUCAACUUCAGGUGGUUAUUCUACUCGUGGGUGUCAAUUUCUUGGCGUUUUCAUUUCUUGGGUCCUCAAGAAUUCUCGUUCUUUGCUUUGUCGAUCGAAUUGUUGUGCAUUAAACAUUUUUUUCUGAUCUGGGUCUCUCAAAAUAGCCCUGACCAACUGGUUUCUUGAGGUUCAAUACGUUGUCUUGUAGUGUUUCAUGGUUUCUUGACCAUAUUUCCUAAGAUAUUCAUCGAGAAACAUGGAGAACGAUAACAAUCAGCAAUUGGAAAUGCUGGGUCCAAAACACCAAAUAAAGAAAGUUGAAUUGUUGAGAUUGAUCAUUCAAGGCCUUUAUGCCUUGGACUACAAUACUUCUGCGGCUUCUUUGGAAACCGAGUCCAAUGUAUCUUACGAGUCUUCAGAACUGAAGAGGCUUCGAUCACAAGUUCUUGAAGGAAAUUGGGAGCGAUGCAUUGAAAUUCUUGUUGAAAUUAAGGAGUAUCUCAAGAAUGAAGAAACUAGAGCCAAAGCUCUGUCUCUCAUUCUUUGCCAAUGCAUUCGUGAGUGUAUGAGUCGCGAUGAUUACAUUUCGGCUGUGAUGGCUCUGCGAAAAGACUUUUCUGAAUUGGGUGUGAGUCAGGAAAAGAUACAUCACUUGGCUCGUGUGUUACUGAAAGAGAAUAUAAGAGGAUUGGAUGAUGGUGCUAUUGCUGAAAUGCGAAACAAAUUGGUGAUUGAAUUGGAAAAAGUGCUUCCUCCACCGAUUGCAGUGCCUGAGAGGAGGUUAGAGGGAUUGGUUGAGAUGAGUCUUGAAUCUUUACCAACAGACACUUUCUUGUGGAACAGAUCAUUUGCCCAAUAAAACUUUGCAGAUUUAAAGGGAGCAUGCCGAUGGAGUUUGGUAUGUUCAAGUUUUCAAAUAAUGGGAAUCCUUGCCUCAUCAUCAAAGGAAUGCACUGCCAUCAGAUGGAAGGUACUGUAGGAUAGUCUUAGUUCAAUGUAUGUGUUAACUCUAUUACAUUUCCUAUGUUUCUCAUUUUCUUUUUUUCUUCCUGUAAACACAAUCUUUGGAAAUAUCGACCUGAGUGGACACCUGCCCUUCUUGUGCCACCUACCAAUAAUCUGUUCGAGAUACAUGAUGUACAGUUUUGAAAACUAUGUUUACAAUCAUAAAAGUCAUUGUUUUACCCCGGUUUUUGCUUUCAAAUUGUAUCACCUGAUUGUUAAACAAUCUGAUUCCUGACAUGAAUUUGGCUUUUGUUCUGCUGGAUCUCUGGUGGUUCUGAAUUCGGUUGUUUUUGUUCUUGGUUUGUUAAAAU